AUGAGGGUGAAGCCUAUCAACAACAUCAUUGUCAUCUCAUUUGUCACUCAGGGAUGGGUGUGUCCACUGUGUCAGCGGCUCACAUCCUGCGGGGCCAGAUGGAAGGAAGGUCAGGAGAGGAGCCAGUGCUUGCCAUGGAUACUUUCCCUUACCUCACCCUCUCUAAGGUUGGAUGAAUGCCUGCGCUAUUUCACCCUAAACCCCCCACUAUACAUCCACUAAUUUUCUCCCUCCUAGGCUGCGUUUCAUUCCAGAAAAAUGUUCUCUACCCUCUGCCCUUGUUCACUGCCCUUCACAGAUCUGCUAGGACGGAAUAUGUCGUGCUAGGUGGACCUAUUGCUUACACCUACCCAGUUGUCUCAGAUCUGUGACUGAUAUAAUAUACAAUAUACUAUCCUAAAAAUAUGCGGACAAAAGCACAUAUCACCGCAUACUAUACAGGUCGCGGAGGGAGCUACAAUUUUGGGGGGGAUAAUGACUGUGAGAAUGUCCGUUCUGGUGACUUUUCAUUCUGAACAAAAAUAUAUAAUGCAACAUGCAACAAUUUCAAAGAUUUUACUGAGUUAUAGUUCAUAUAAGGAAAUCAGUCAAUUGAAAUAAAUUCAUUAGGCCCUAAUCUAUGGAUUUCACAUGACUGGGAAUACAGAUAUGCAUCUAUUGGUCACAGAUAUCUCCUCUUCAAUGGCUGUGCGAAGAUGCCGGAUAUUGGCGGGAACUGAAACAUUCUGUCGUACACUUCGAUCCAGAGCAUCCCAAACGUGCUCAAUGGGUGACAUGUCUGGUGAGUAUGCAGGCCAAGGAAGAAGUGGGACAUUUUCAGCUUCCAGGAAUUUUGUACAUAUUUAUGUGACAUGGGGCCGUGAAUUAUCAUGCUGAAACAUGAGGUGAUGGUGGCGGAUGAAUGGGACGACAAUGGGCCUCAGGAUCUCAUCACGGUAUCUCUGUGCAUUCAAAUUGCCAUCAACAAAAUGCAAUUGUGUUCAUUGUCCGUAGCUUAUGCCUGCCCAUACCAUAACCCCACUGCCACCAUGGGGCACUCUGUUCACAUUGUUGACAUCAGCUAACCACUCGCCCACACAAUGCCAUACACGUGGUCUGCAGUUGUGAGGCAGGUUGCCAAGUUCUCUAAAACAAUGUUUAUAGUAGAGAAAUUAACAUUCCAUUCUCUGGCAACAGCUCUGGUGGACACUACUGCAGUCAGCAUGCCAAUUGCACGCUCCCUCAACUUGAGACAUCUGUGACAUUGUGUUGUGUGACCAAACUGCACAUUUUAGAGUGGCCUUUUAUUGUCCACAGCACAAGGUGCAUCUGUGUAAUGAUCAUGCUGUUUAAUCAGCUUCUUGUUAUGCCACACCUGUCAGGUGGAUGGAUUAUCUUGGCAAAGAAGAAAUGCUCACUCACAGGGAUGUAAACAAGUGUGUGCACAACAUUUGAGAAAAAUAAGCUUUUUGUGUGAAUGGAAAAUAUCUAGGAUUUGUUAUUUCAGCUCAUGAAACAUGGGACCAACACUUUACAUGUUGUGUUCAUAUUUUUGUUCAGUGUAAAAGGACAUCCUACUCCAAAAUGUAUGAAAAUAUAAUGCUGCUGACAUCUAAAAUAUAAUUUCCCCCUCCAGAAAUGAGCCCAAUAUUAAUGAUUAGUCCAUAUUAUCAGGCAGGUGUGUUAUUUAGCGAUAAUUAUUAUCACCUGAUGUAGCCCACCUGAUGCAGCAUAGUGGCUAUAAAUAAAUAGUCUGAGGUUUGCUGAUUUACCCCAUUGGGCUAAUCAUUAGCUAGAUCACUACACUGGCUCUGACGCUCGUCGGAUGUGGCAGGGCUUGACAACUAUUACAGACUACAAAGGGAAGCACAGCCGCGAGCUGCCCAGUGACACAAGCCUACCAGACGAGCUAAACCACUUCUAUGCUCGCUUCGAGGCAAGCAACACUGAAGCAUGCAUGAGAGCACCAGCUGUUCCGGACGACUAUGUGAUCACGCUCUCUGUAGCCGAUGUGAGUAAGACUUUUAAGCAGGUCAACAUUCACAAGGCCGCAGGGCCAGACGGAUUACCAGGACGUGUACUCCGAGCAUGUGCUGACCAACUGGCAAGUGUCUUCACUGACAUUUUCAACAUGUCCCUGACUGAGUCUGUAAUACCAACAUGUUUCAAGCAGACCACCAUAGUCCCCGUGCCCAAGAACUCUAAGAUAACCUUCCUAAAUGACUACCGACCCGUAGCACUGACGUCUGUAGCCAUGAAGUGCUUUGAAAGACUGGUCAUGGCUCACAUCAACAGCAUAAUCCCAGAAACCCUAGACCCACUCCAAUUUGCAUACCGCCCCAACAGAUCCACAGAUGAUGCAAUCUCUAUCGCACUCCACACUGCCCUUUCCCACCUGGACAAGAGGAACACCUACGUGAGAAUGCUAUUCAUUGACUACAGCUCAGCAUUCAACACCAUAGUGCCCUCUAAGCUCAUCACUAAGCUAAGGAUCCUGGGACUAAACACCUCCCUCUGCAACUGGAUCCUGGACUUCCUGACGGGCCGCCCCCAGGUGGUAAGGGUAGGUAACAACACAUCUGCCACACUGAUCCUCAACACGGGGGCCCCUCAGGGGUGCGUGCUCAGUCCCCUCCUGUACUCUCUGUUCACCCAUGACUGCAUGGCCAGGCACGACUCCAACACCAUCAUUAAGUUUGCCGACGACACAACAGUGGUAGGCCUGAUCACCGACAACGAUGAGACAGCCUAUAGGGAGGAGGUCAGAGAUCUGGCCGUGUGGUGCCAGGACAACAACCUCUCCCUCAACGUGACCAAGACAAAGGAGAUGAUUGUGGACUACAGGAAAAAAAAGAGGACUGAGCACGCCCCCAUUCUCAUCGACGGGGCUGUAGUGGAACAGGUUGAGAGCUUCAAGUUCCUUGGUGUCCACAUCACCAACGAACUAUCAUGGUCCAAACACACCAAGACAGUCGUGAAGAGGGCACGACAAAGCCUAUUCCCCCUCAGGAGACUAAAAAGAUUUGGCAUGGGUCCUCAGAUCCUCAAACAAUUCUACAGCUGCACCAUCGAGAGCAUCCUGACUGGUUGCAUCACCGCCUGGUAUGGCAACUGCUUGGCCUCUGACCGCAAGGCACUACAGAGGGUAGUGCGUACGGCCCAGUACAUCACUGGGGCAAAGCUCCCUGCCAUCCAAGACCUCUAUACCAGGCGGUGUCAGAGGAAGGCCCUCAAAAUUGUCAAAGACUCCAGCCACCCUAGUCAUAGACUGUUCUCUCUGCUACCGCACGGCAAGCGGUACCGGAGUGCCAAGUCUAGGUCCAAAAGACUUCUCAACAGCUUCUACCCCCAAGCCAUAAGACUCCUGAACAGCUAAUCAUGGCUACCCGGACUAUUUGCACUGCCCCCCCACCCCAUCCUUUUUACGCUGCUGCUACUCUGUUAAGUAUUUAUGCAUAGUCACUUUAACUCUACCCACAUGUACAUAUUACCUCAACUACCUCAACUAGCCGGUGCCCCCGCACAUUGACUAUGCAACGGUACCCCCCUGUAUAUAUAGCCUCCCUACUGUCACUUUAUUUUACUGUAUAUAUAGCCUCCCUACUGUCACUUUAUUUCACUUCUGCUCUUUUUUUCUCUCAACACUUUUUUGUUGUUGUUUUAUUCUUACUUUUUUGUUUAAAAUAAAUGCACUGUUGGUUAAGGGCUGUAAGUAAGCAUUUCACUGUAAUGUCUGCACCUGUUGUAUUCGGCGCAUGUGACCAAUAAAAUUUGAUUUGAUUUGAUUUGAUCACAAACUCUAAAGUCUAAACAUUAGGCUAUCUUAUUGCUAGUUAUAGCAACAUAUUGAUGACUUGAAUGUCCCCCAAAAAUAACAUUCUACUGGCACUCAGCCAAUCAGCAAUCAUGUACUGUGAAUAAUGUAGGCCUACCUGAUACACCUGACCCGUGUUACAUUUAACCCCGGUUGCCACUGCCAUGCCCCUGCUAAAAACUCUGGUUCUAAAAUGGUGCAUUUUACUUUCUUGGAUUUGAGAAAUAAGUGUAGCCUAGUAACACUAGAAAGCUCAGUGAUCCUCCUCUUUUAACAGUGGCCAUCAAAACUGCUUUCAAAGGUGUGUUGUAGGCUACAAUAACUGGGCAUGUGUAUUUCUCUCCAUGUGCGGCACUUGCAAUUUGAUAGCGCCUCGAGAAUAAUAUUAUUUUCUCACAUAGAAUGUGACAGGCUGAACAAUUGAAUAGGUAAAUUAUUGUACUAUGUGGUUGUCUGAUUUUGCUGUUGCUUAGCCUACUCAUGUUGUUGACUGUGGAAAAUUAAACGUGGACAACAAUAUUUGAUUAGAUAAUUCAAAUAGGCUAAUGAAAUAGGUGUGUGUGUGUGUGUGCGUGCAUGCAUGGUAUGUGAGGUUUUGAGCACAGCCUAAAUGAUUAGUUAAAUAGCAAUUCACUUCUUUGUCUCUUCAGAUUGUACCAUUUAAAAAAAUGUUUGAAUAAAAAAAACUUUUUAAAAAAAGCUUGCGCUUGUCUUUUCCUACUAGCACUGACUUUGCUGAUAACUUUCUUAUUGGGGAAAAAUGGACUUACCGCGUCUGUGAUAUGUGGUUGUCUCACUUAAGAUGAAUACACUAACUAUAAGUCAGUCUGUUUAUUUUCAAUGUGCAAUCUGUAGAAACAAUGACGGCGUAGUGUGGCGUAGUGUGUUACUGAUGGUAGGCUUUGUUACUUUGGUCCCAGCUCUCUGCAGGUCAUUCACUAGGUCCCCCCGUGUGGUUCUGGGAUUUUUGCUCACCGUUCUUGUGAUCAUUUUGACCCCACGGGGUGAGAUCUUGCGUGGAGCCCCAGAUCGAGGGAGAUUAUCAGUGGUCUUGUAUGUCUUCCAUUUCCUAAUAAUUGCUCCCACAGUUGAUUUCUUCAAACCAAGCUGCUUACCUAUUGCAGAUUCAGUCUUCCCAGCCUGGUGCAGGUCUACAAUUUUGUUUCUGGUGUCCUUUGACAGCUCUUUGGUCUUGGCCAUAGUGGAGUUUGGAGUGUGACUGUUUGAGGUUGUGGACAGGUGUCUUUUAUACUGAUAACAAGUUCAAACAGGUGCCAUUAAUACAGGUAACGAGUGGAGGACAGAGGAGCCUCUUAAAGAAUAAGUUACAGGUCUGUGAGAGCCAGAAAUCUUGCUUGUUUGUAGGUGACCAAAUACUUAUUUUCCACCAUAAUUUGCAAAUAAAUUCAUAAAAAAUCCUACAAUGUGAUUUUCUGGAAUUUCUUUCUCAUUUUGUCUGUCAUAGUUGACGUGUACCUAUGAUGAAAAUUACAGGCCUCUCACAUCUUUUUAAGUGGGAGAACUUGCACAAUUGGUGGCUGACUAAAUACUUUUUUUCCCCACUGUACUUGUGUACUAUUGUUUUUACAGAUGAACUUGGUACCUUCAGGCGUUUGGAAAUUGCUCCCAAGGAUGAACCAGACUUUAUUUGGAUUUUCCCAUGAUGUCAAGCAAAGAGGCACUGAGUUUGAAGGUAGGCCUUGAAAUACAUCCACAGGUAAAUCUCCAAUUGACUCAAAUGAUGUCAAUUAGCCUAUCAGAAGCUUCUUAAGCCAUGACAUCAUUUUCUGGAAUUUUCCAAGCUGUUUAAAGGCACAGUCAAAUUAGUGUAUGUAAACUUCUGACUCACUGGAAUUGUGAUACAAUGAAUUAUAAGUGAAAUAAUCUGUCUGUAAACAACUGCUGGAAAAAUGACUUGUGUCAUGCCCAAAGUAGAUGUCCUAACCGACUUGCCAAAACUAUAGUUUGUUAACAAGACAUUUGUGGAGUGGUUGAAAACCAAGUUUUAAUGACUCCAACCUAAGUGUAUGUAAACUUCCGACUUCAACUGUAUGUGUAUAUAAACAGUACCAGUCAAAAGUUUGGACACACCUACUCAUUCAAGGGUUUUACUUUAUUUUUACUAUUUUCUACAUUGUAGAAUAAUAGUGAAGAAAUUAAAAAUAUGAAAUAACACACAUGGAAUCAUGUAGUAACCAAAAAAGUGUUAACCCUUAAAGUCUCACUGACUCCUUCUCACAAAUGAUCACAAAAAUAUAAAAAUUAAAUAAAGUUGGUUCAACACAGUGGCGGGUCAUUUUGACCCUAGGACAACGGGAGGGUUAAACAAAUAAAAAUAUAUUUGAGAAUUGAGAUUCUUCAAAUAGCCACCCUUUGCCUUGAUGACAGCUUUGCACACUAAAAAUAAAGAAAAACCCUGGAAUGUGUAGGUGUGUCCAAACUUUUGACUGGUACUGUAUGUGUGUGUAUAUAUAUAUAUAUAUAUAUAUAUAUAUAUAUAUAUAUAUAUAGAUAUAUAUAUAUAUAUGCGGGAAAAAAAUAUGGGGGAUUGGAAGUGAUGCAGACAAUUACAUUGAUGGAAGUUACAAUUAUCUGCAAUAUUAAAGCUGAUCUAUUCCCUAAAAUUUUACAAAAUUUAUAUAAAUAACUACAAGUCGGUCUGGAUAAGAUCGUCUGCUAUAUUACUAAAAUGUAAAAUGUUGUGGUGGGUGGGAGAUAGGUGUGUGUGUUCUGCAUGCUUUGUUCUCUUGACGUGUUGUAUCUUGUCCCAUUCCACCCUUCUCCAGCUCAGUACAGUCCUCUUGGUAUUGUUGUGGGACAAUGCUCCUACACAGCUUAAAUUGCAUUUGACAUUUAAAAUGAAAAUGCAACCAUUGUGGUAAAAGCAGGAAAUACUGGAAUUGGGUUUAUGGUCAGAUAGAGGUUAGGGUUCGGACUUGUAGCCAAACAUAAUCCCAAAAUGUUUUCCUACUCAGUUGAAUUCUCGAAAUUUUCCGGCAAACAAAAUAGUGACAGGGAGUCAAUGACCCCCUCUUAGUGAGGUUCCUAGGUGUUGGGGAAAGGUCAUUACAGUACAGAUGUGGGACCUUAAUUUGACCAUUUCUCACAGCAGGAAAAUAAUCCUGCAACAACGGGAAAUGUGAAUUAUUGUGUGGAUUAUAAUUAAUGGACAUUUUUAUAGGGGUUGAUACAUUUUUAGUUAGGGCAACAACAAAAAUAUCUGCAACAAAAGGAUGAUCAAAUGAAGACCCUACACCUACGCCGACAUUUGAGUGUGUAUGUGUUUAUGUUUUGUGGGCCUCAGUGCCAACGCAGUGGCCUUCGAAUGCAACACCACCUUCGGUAAUGAAGUGUACUCCGUGCUAUAUCACGCCAAAGCACAAGGUAUGUUGUACUGCAGCACAUACACACUAAUUUUAUACAGACAAGCAAAAGCAAAAUACACACAAAACACACACACACAGCCACACCACACACAUUCCAAUGCACAAUUGCCUUGCAAUAAAGAAGCAAGGUUCACAUCAUAAAAUUAUCUCCUAUUGCCUUGCAUCCACACCCUCUGCCACUCUCUCUCUGCCUAUAGUUUAUGAUGGUCAGAUUACAAUGUUAUUUAAAGUGCAAUGUUCUUAACUGAUUAUCUACAGUUACAUUUAAGUUAUUUAGCAGACACUCUUAUCCAGAGCAGCUUACAAAUUGGUGCAUUCAAUUUAGGAUAGCCAGUGGGACAACCACCACUGGGGGGGGGGGGGGGGGUAUAGAAGGAUUACUGUUAGACUAUUCCAGGUAUUCCUUAAAGAGGUAGGGUUUCAAGUGUCUCCGGAAGGUGGUCAGUGACUCCACUGUCCUGGUGUCAUGGGGGAGCUUGUUCCACGAUUGGGGUGCCAGAGCAGUGAAUAGUUUUGACUGGGCUGAGCGGGAACUGUGCUUCCGUAGAGGUAGGGGGGCUAGCAGGCCAGAGGUGGAUGAACGUAGUGCCCUCGUUUGGGUGUAGGGUCUGAUCAGAGCCUGAAGGUAAGGAGGUGCCGUUCCCCUCACAGCUCCGUAGGCAAGCACCAUGGUUUUGUAGUAGAUGCGAGCUUCAACUGGAAGCCAGUGGAGUGUGCGGAGGAGUGGGGUGACAUGAGAGAAUUUGGGAAGGUUGAACACCAGACGGGCUGCAGCGCUCUGGAUAAAUUCUGGAUCUACGGUGUCUCUGGGAGUAAACUGAUCAUCCGAUAAGAAAGGGUGGGGCUAGUCAAGAUGGAGACCCUUAAGUGAACUGGUUUAUCAUUUUGAUUUCCAAACUCAGGCCGGGAUUCAUUCCAACAUAGAUUAAUAAUGACCUGCACACAGCUCAAAACUUUUAAUGCAAUUUCCCAGACGUUUGUGGGGAUUGAGUUGGUUAUACACUGCAUAUGUAGACUCAAGCAGAAAUCACCUUUAAAAGUCAAUCGCAGUGCACAUGUCAUUAAUCUGAGUUUGUUUGAAUCCCGGGCUAAAUAGGAUUUCAUAAAUCUUAACAGUCACUCUCUGUUGUCUUAGUGUCUGUCAAUGUCAGUGAAUGGUGUGCACCUGUCUAUGGUGGUGGGGUUAUGCUAUAGGUUAUGCUAUGGACACCGUACUUCUCUGUGUUUGUCAAUGGAAUAGCUGGGUCAUUCCACGAAAAGAGUGCCUUUUGCAUCCCUUUGAUAUAUUAAGCAGAAAUUGUGUACCAAUAUUGCAUUUUAAAAGCCUGUUGUAUUAAAUGAAGUGCCCUUUAAAAUAGUCCACAUAGAGAGUUCAAUCAAUCAGAUUUUUUUAUAUGAAUAAAUCAACCCUGUGUCAUUUCUAGGAAGAUUGUGACCCACUUAAUACCAACAUUUUCACCAUUGUAAAGUCCUAGUUAUUUUGUUGCUUUGACAAAGUCAUUUCUGAAGAUUAUUAUUUAUUUCAUGUGAUUACUGAUUAGUCUGUCCCUCAUUUUAAGGUCAACCCUGUUAUGUGAACUGAACUCUCGUUUUAAUAUGGGGAAACUAUUCCUUAAAAAAAAAAAAUUCUAAAGAAACAUUGAACAUCUAUCUAAUAGUAAAAUCAUAGAGUAAAAGCAGGUGAGCUGGUUCUACUCAUUUUGGCCAUUUUCUGGUGUUUUGGUGUAGAAAACUGAGCGGGUCGAGCAUAAAACAUUAACACUGUUACCCAUAGAUAGACAGGCUAUAAAUGUUUUAAAGGCCCAGUGCAGUCAAAAACGUGAAUGUCCUGUGUUUUAUAUAUAUUUCCACACUAUGAGGUUGGAAUAAUACUGUGAAAUUGUGAAAAUGAUGAUAAUGCUCUUUUACUAGCUGUUUGAAAAGACCGACUGAAAUUUUUGCCUGUUUUGGUGGGAUGGAGUUUUGGCCUGCCUGGUGACAUUACCAGGUGGUAAAUUAGUAAAUAGACCAAUAAGAAAGAGUUCCAAACCCCUCUGCCAAUAACAGCUAGUUCUGAGUUUUCCACUCCCCACACACCACUCCCAGACAGUCCUAGCAAAAUUCUUGCUUGAGAAAUGGCUCCUUUUUAAGAAGCUAUUUUAUUUUAUUUUAGUCCCUUCUAAUUGAAAACAAUCACAGUAAGGCGCUUAAUUGUUACCCAGAAAUGAUUUGAUAUUGAGAUAAAAAUGGCUGCAUUGGACAUUUCAUUGUAAGCUUGCAUUCAAUUGCCACUCCCUGUUGCACACAACAAGCUUUCACAAGGGAAUUUAUGGCUGAUUUAAGAAGAAAUCAUCAACCCUGUUACGGUCAACCCUGUUUCUUUUUUUGGCACUUAAUAGGCACUUACUAUAGAUCUUUUUUUUUUUUUUUACCUCUUGUAUUAAGUUGAACAUGUGUUCUUUAUGACAUACUGUUAAAUUUAGGUGAAAUUUAAAAAAAAAUGUUUUUUUAACCAAGUUGCACUUCUCAAAAAGCACCACAUUGGUGGAAUGACCCACCUACAGUAUGGUUUUGUGUUCCAGGGAAGUCAGUGGGUAUCGUGACCACCACUCGCGUCCAGCAUGCCUCUCCUGCUGCCGCCUAUGCCCACUCAGUGAGCCGCAGCGGGUACAGCGACACUGACAUUCCCUCUAGUGCCCACAGACAGGGCUGCGUCAACAUCGCCACACAGCUGGUGACCAACAUUGACAUCGAUGUAAGUCUUCAUAGUAUAUCUCAUGAUAGAGGCCAUAUAGUAUCACAGUAUUUCUAUUCUAUAUGAUCAGUUUAGACUGUAUUUCGCUAUUACCUGGUGUUGUAUUUAAAGCAUGUCACACACAUGGGUCACCAAUGCAUUAAUCUUUUACCAUUCAUUUUUAAUGGAGUAUUCUACUACUGCGGACUGGGUGUACACAGCAGUAAUUAGUAUCUAUCUGGUGCAACAGGGGAUCUUGGGUGGGGGGGGGGGCGAAUGUACAUGACGCCAAAGGGAACACCAGACCCUGAGUACCCCACUUCCUCGUCCCGGAAAGGGGAUCGCAAAGACAAGUGGAACCUCAUUGACGUGUGGAUGAAGGCAUUGAUUCUGUCCUUGGUUGGCCACUUUGAAGGGGUAUGGUGUGAGCCUUUACAUGUAAGGGUUUGCUAGUGUUCAAGAACCUGUUGUCUAGUUACAAUCCCACAGAACUUCAGCGAGUUCCCUUCUGAAAAUGGCAAAUUAAUUGUCAGGGUCAUUUUCAUUAGGGCACACGAUGGGAAACAUUGUCACAAAAUUAAAUUGAGCAUUUCUUAUUGAACAAAAUCCAGGAAGUUCUUCCCUGUUUCAGUGUGUUUUCUUCUGUGUGUUGCCCACUAAACAUGAUGAUGUAAUAUAUAGCUUAGGUCUUCUCUCUACUACAUAAUUGUCAGUAUAAUUGUUAGGCGUAACUGAUGUUGUCUUAUUUCUGUGAUGUCUUUGUUUCAGGACAAGAAUUUCCAGUAUGUUUGGCACAGGAAGCAUGUUGAUGAGAUCAAUAUAAAGACUACUGACCGUCUCCUCGGUAAGCUGGUUUUAGCUGGAUAAGCUGGAGGGCUUAUCAGAUCUUACCACUUAUCUGGUACUGUAUGCCACCCAUUCGUGAAUGUCACCCAUUCUACUGAAGUACAGUUUUGUCUGACAACUGAAAACGUCCUAAUAUAGAUGCCGUACAGUGGGGCUCUGCGUUUUUGUCAACAAUAUAACUUCACCAGGAAAAUGUUACUGUCUCCACAAGUUGAACUGUUUUCCCCAGAUUUCAAACGUGUUUCUUUUCUUUUCUUUUCUUACUUACCUGCUCCUUCUCCCUCUUUCUUUUCCUUCUCAUGGCGCCAGGUCUUUUUAAGCCAAAGGACAUGCGGUUCGAGAUUUCCGGAAUGCCACACGUGACCCGUCCAUCGUCGAGAUGACAAACAAGAACAUUCGGAUCCUCAGCAAGAACCCCAAAGGCUACUUCCUCUUUGUGGAAGAUGAGUACCUCCAUUUCAUCAGAGCACAUACACUGAGUAUACCAAACAUUAGAAAAACCAGCAGCGUUGCAAUUCUUGACACAAACCGUUGCGCCUAGCACGUACUACCAUACCCUGUUCAAAGGCACUUAAAUCGUUUGUCUUGCCCAUUCACCCUCUGAAUGGCACACACACAAUCCAUGUCUGAUUUGUUUCAAGGAUUAAAAAUCAUUUUAUAACCUGUCUCCUCCCCGUCAUCUACACUGAUUGUAGUGGAUUUAACAAGUGACAUCAAUAAGGGAUCAUAUCUUUCACCUGGAUUCACGUGGUCAGUCUAGCAGGUUUUCUUAACGGUUUGUAUACUCAGUGUAUAACUACUGUAGCAUGAUAUACUACAGUACCCAUUAUGCUGUAUCCUUACCAAUACAGAUACAGCAAGAAAUGCUGAGAUGAGGUAUUUACCCUGGCUACCUUCUGUUGAAUAUUGUUGAUAUUGUAAUUAUUGACAGUAUGUGGACAUGGGGUUGUAAUGGCAGCUGAAUUGUUUUUCAUUAGUUAAAGUGAAGUUCAACUCGAUUUUGAAACAAUAUUGUUUAUGAAGGGUCAAGUCCUAACUUGAGAAUCUCAGAUGUUCAUGCAAAUUUCACAAUUAAUGAUUCAUGCAAAUCUGUUACGUGUGCGGAUCUCAAGUUAGGAUCCAAUGAUAAAGGAGUAGACAAAUGUACAGUGGACAUUUUAGGACACACUCAGUCUUAUGCCUCACCCCUCCUUGAGUCAAUCAUCAACUCUCCUUGAGUCAAUCGUCACACCUCAACCUUGACACCAAAGGGUCAACUCUGAGUUGAGUUGUUCUUUACGAGGGGGAAUUGACCACAGGCACCACGAUGGUAUUGCCAAGCUGGCACUGACCGAGGUUCUGAUGUUUGACCAGGCGGUGCAAUGAGCUUCCAGGCCCACUACAGAUUCAGACACCCUCACUGUCAUCACCGUAGACCACUCCCAUGUCUUCACCUUCGGAGGAAACUCCCCCUGUGGAAACUCCAUCUUUGGAAUGGUCCAAAACACAGUCAUAGGCUCAUGUGUAUACAGAUAGUACAGUGCACAUUUUAGGACAUCCUCAAGCGUUACAAGGAUGUCCUAAAAUGUACACCAUAUUUUAACUACAGUCAAGGGGGGCAAUGUUUGUUGUUGUCUUUUCGCUUCAAUGUGAUUUAUUUUUGUGUCCAGCAUAUAAUGUAAUGUUCCCUGUUCUGUUAUGUCAACCAUUUUGUGUCAGGUUUGGCACCCAAGAGGGCAGAUGAUAGGAUGCCAUUCACCAGCAUCCUGUAUGCCAACGGUCCUAGUUAUGUACAUGUGAAUGGGAUGAGAGGAAACAUCACAUUUGUGGAUUAAUGUAAAUACAGUACAACUAUUAUGGUAGUACAGGUGAUGGCUGUUGAAUGUAUGUGUAUGUGAAUUAGCUUGUGUGUGUGUGUGUGUGUGUGUCCGUGCAUGCAUGUGUGUACCUGUGGAUGUGCACAUGUUCCUUUUUCAUACACGUUUUUGUGUAGAUUUGUACGUGUGUGUAUAAACAUGUACACAGAUUGCGCUUUAACCACUAAAUCUCUCUUUCUCAGACGAUGAGCAGUACAUACUGCAGUCCCGCUGGACUCUGAGACCCACAGCGGGGAGGACGUGGCCAUCUAUGCCAAAGGCCCCAUGGUCCACCUCUUCCACGGGGUCAAAGAGCAGAACUACAUCUCCCACGCCAUGGCCUACGGAGUCUGCAUUCAGCCCUACACAGACUGCCACCCACAUCCACCCGCCUCAGCCGGACACACACAGACCCUCUCUGGGCUGCUUCUCUGUCUGGCCAGCCUCCUCUGGCUCCUGUUCAGAUGA